AAAAACUAAUAACUUUUGAAUUAAUGAAUGCACAGAGGUCAAAAUGGAUAAGAUCCUGCUGUGGAGUCUCCUAUUGACUUUUUCUGGAAGUCGAGCCUCAAGCCCCUUGGCUCAAAGAAAUACUGAAUUUGUAGUGGAUCUUUAUCAAGCUGUUGGUUUAUCUCAUAAAAACAACAUCAUAAUUUCACCUCUUGGAACAACUUUGGCCCUUGGAAUGAUACAACUGGGAGCAAGAGGAAAAGCACAACAGCAGAUAAGACAAACUUUAAAAAUUCAGGAAACCUCAACUGGAGAAGAAUUUUCUGAGCUGAAGUCAUUUUUCUCUGCCAUCUCAGAGAAAAAACAAGAAUUUACAUUUAAUCUUGCCAAUGCCCUCUACCUUCAAGAAGGAUUCACUGUGAAAGAACAGUAUCUCCAUGGCAACGAGGAAUUUUUUCAGAGUGCCAUAAAACUGGUGGAUUUUCAGAAUGCAAAGGCUUGUGCAGAGACAAUAAGUACCUGGGUAGAAAGCAAAACAGAUGGAAAAAUUAAAGACAUGUUUUCAGGGGAAGAAUUUGGUCCUCUGACUCGGCUUGUUCUGGUGAAUGCUAUUUAUUUCAAAGGGGAUUGGAAACAGAAAUUCAACAAAGAAGACACACAACUGAUGAAUUUCACUCUGAAAGAUGGCACAGCAGUCAAAAUUCCAAUGAUGAAGGCUCUUCUGAGAACGAAAUACGGUUAUUUUUCUGAAUCCUCCAUAAACUACCAGGUUUUGGAAUUACCUUAUAAACGCGAUGAGUUUAGUUUAAUUAUCAUACUUCCUGCAGAACACAUGAACAUAGAAGAAAUGGAAAAGCUAAUUACUGCUCAUCAAAUCCUGCAAUGGUUCUCUGAGAUGCAAGAACAGGAAGUGGAAAUAAGCCUUCCUAGAUUUAAAGUAGAACAAAAAUUAGACUUCAAAGAAGCUUUGUAUUCAUUGAAUAUAACUGAGAUAUUUAGUGGUGGCUGUGACCUUUCUGGAAUAACAGAUUCUUCCGAGGUGUAUGUUUCCCGAGUCAUGCAACAAGUUUUCUUUGAGAUAAAUGAAGAAGGCAGUGAAGUUGCAACAUCAACUGGCAUAAACACACCUGUGAUCAUGAAUCUGUCACGGAAUCAAUUUAUAGCAAAUCAUCCGUUUCUGUUUAUUAUGAAGAAUAACCCAACAGAUUCAAUUUUGCUUAUGGGAAGGGUGACAAAUCCUGAAACCCAUGGGAUGAAGGGAAGAGAUUUAGAUUCACUGUGAAUGGCAAGUACAGCCUCGGAAUAGAAGGUUAUUCCUGGAAAACAGUUGACUGGCAAAAUAUCAUCAAAUAUUUUCUAUACAUCUUUUUCUAUCUUAAACAGUGGCUGUAUUAAUCUGUAUCCAUGAAUAAAUGAAAUUAUGCAU